ACAGACACACAGCAGUGAGUUAACCGGACUACAGGGUACAGAUGAUAGUCUGAUUUAGAUUUUUCAUUUCUUUAGUUCGGCGCUCUUAUUUAACGCGUGGAAUCACCGUGACUGUUUCCACAUUGAAUCCGGCAGUGAAAUGACUCGAGUCUUACGCGCACCGUUUGGCGUCUUGUGUGUGUUUGUGUGGACAUGCUGCGUGAACGCGUUCGGCACCUCAGGUUCUAACAGUAGCGAGUGUCCAGUGAAUAAGAUCUUGACUGUGGAGUAUCCGUGCACAAGAGCUGGAGGACACAGAAGCACAUGUCUCAGGAGGAAGUGUUGUGAAGGCUUCAGGUUUGUGAUGGGACAGUGUGUGCCAGAAAAUGUGGACGUUUGUGAAGGCUCCCCUUGUGAGCAGCAGUGUACUGAUAACUUCGGUCGGGUGUUGUGCACGUGCUACCAUGGUUACCGUUUUGACCGAGUGAGACAUCGUCAGCACUUGCAUCCAUACUGCUUAGAUGUGGAUGAGUGUGAGGAGUCUAACAGCACAGUGUGUGAUCAGGUGUGUGAAAACACUGCUGGAAGUUUCCGCUGCAGCUGUUUUUCUGGAUACACACUGUCAUCAGACCAGCGCUCCUGUGCACCCAAACACAACUUGAGCUCAACUGGAAAAUCUGACACUCAGAUGAGUUCUGGAUCAUGUUCUCUCAGCUGUCGGGACUUCAUCAACAUGAAAACCAGUUUACUGCAGAUUAAACUCUUGCUGGGACACACACCUGCACAGGGUUCGUCUCUGAGUCUGGAUAACAGCAGUCACAAACCAUCUCCUGGAUUAACAGGGAAAAAUCCUGAUAGUCACACACUCACUGGACCACCAGGGCCACCGGGACCACCCGGCCUACCAGGCCUCCUGGGUGAGCGAGGCGAAAAGGGAGAUGGAGGACAGCCGGGCCCCCAGGGGCCCAGAGGAGACAUGGGUCCUAUGGGGCCAAAGCCUGAUCUAGAACACAUCAAGAGAGGCAGACGGGGGCCAGUGGGGCCUUCAGGAGCACCUGGAAAAGAUGGACAGAAGGGUGACAGAGGUUUAACUGGACCCAGAGGAGCACCUGGUCCUCCAGGCUCCUUUGACUUCCUGUUAUUGAUGAUGGCAGAUAUCCGUCAUGACAUCAUCGAGCUGCAAGAGCAAGUGUUUGGAAAGCAGCGUGACAUAACUCUGGAUGCACCCACCCAUCCCAGUGGAGAGGCAGAGCUCGAAGACUGGGCUUCAGGACAGGGAGAGCUGAUGCCAAACACGUGAGCAUGUCAUUCCAAGUGAGACCUGUCAAUUAAGAGCAAAAAAGACGUGGCCAGUAUCACACAAUGCUGCCCCUUUAUCAGACUCGGCAAGUGUUACUGAAGUGAAGAGGACUACAGUAAUAGGUAGACUCCAUCUUACAGGAGAAUACGUGAUUUACAUAUGACAUUAUCACCCUUAAAACUGCUUUUGUGUCAUUUGAGUGGCAUAUGCAUAAUGAACUUUACACCAAUUUUAUAUGACAUGAAUGGUGAAUACUUGACCAGGAAAACAAGGUUGGGAAUCAAGAAAUGGUUCUUAUUCAGAAGUAGAUUCAUUUAAAACAAAUACUAGAACCCAAUGAUUUUUUAUGUUGUUCCAUCCGCUAAUGGUUCAGAAAUAUCUGCUUUCUUUCAUCAUCAAAUGGCAAAUGCAGCAAAAGUGGAAUGAAACACAGCACUCUUAAUUGGUAAACAUUUGCUUUUCGCCAUACGCGUGACUUGCUACAGUACGACUUACUAUAAAAAAAAAAUAGUAUUUUCCUAUUACUCUAAAAUGUGGGGAAAAGUAAUAAUAUAGAAUGAAUAGGUGUGUCCAUAGUUUUGACUAAUAUUACACUUAGGAUUUGAUGUUGUUUCAU